AGAUACGUGAUUCAAACUAGCAACGAGGCUGUUCAUUUUAUCUGUAUGGCAAGCAGAUGAAAUGCGCUCUCGGUAGCAUCUUUCUCUGACUCAAGCGGUUAACUUUGCACUCUGUGAGGACUCGCUGUCGGGACUUGUCAGGGUUUGGUGACAGGUUGUAAAAAAGGAAUUCCAUCACUAUUUAAAAGCCACACGCGGACCUGGGGGCGUGGACCGGUAGAGCACAGACCGUUUUGCUCGAGGAACAUUGGAUGUGACUGUUGGAUGUGGAUUGUCGUAGACUACGGAUCUACCGGCGUGGAUGCCCCCGGUAUACCCAAAACAUUCGGCAAAACACCGUCCGAGGGGUUGCGGUCGUUGGUACGGGAUUACUUUGAGUUAAAGUGAUUUUCGUGGAAUACGUCAGUGCUACUCAAAUUGAGGGUUUACAGGAAGAUUGAGGGUGGCGUGGAAGGAAUAGGCUUCUAAAACAGGAGCUACCCGUCACCAAAUGGCGCUACGUUGUAACGUUUAUGAUUACGCAUAGGCCAACUAAACAAAUAGCCCUCCUAAAUACGUUAACAAUUUAUUCGACUGAGUCCGGAACAGACUUUGAUUUAACUAAUAACUUGCUCUGUGCUUAAAGUCAGGGGACCACUUCUAGUCUGGCACGUAACUGUGGACGAGUAACAGCGAUGGUCAAAUGACCGGAUUUGAGAGCUGUCACCGCGGCCACUGAACUCUUAUGCUUCUGCAAAGAUCUUCAGGUGUCCAGUUCACCUGGGAGUCAAUCUAGUUCGUUUCACAAGCCUUUUUUUCACAAAACCCUUUUAUUGGAUAGGCAUAGCACAUCGAACGAAGCCGCAUAUCUUCAAUAUUACCUCAGAAAAAUAACAUUUUAAACCGCGUAGUUUAUGAUUUCAACAUGGAUUAUAACAUUUCCAUUGUCCUUUAUUCUUUUGUUCCCAAUGCUUAGACUCCUUUAUUUACGAGUAUUUACUGUUACUUUGAUAUGUAUUUAAAAAUGCAAUAUUAAAUCAGUUUGGGAAAGUACUAGUGGUGAAGUGUUCUGUCCUGCACUCAACAAUAACACCGAAAAAUGACAAGCACCGGACCUGUCAUCGUUUUUGAGUGGCUAAAGACUCUCCAGCUCUCUCAGUAUGUGGAAUCCUUUGUGGAUAACGGCUACGACGAUUUGGAAGUCUGCAAACAAAUUGGGGACCCCGAUCUGGAUGCUAUCGGUGUGUACAUACAGCACCACCGGCAAAGGAUCCAUGACGCGGUGCAGAGGCUGAAAGACGAGGAUAAGGAGACUGCAGCGGGACUGUAUUUCACGCUUGAACCGAUGCCCCCCGCCUCAGAAUUGUAUGCCAGCCACCUGGUGGACCAGUACGAGUCCAAACUGCGGGCGUCCAAGUCUUGGACCGAACCAAACAGUGACCGUGUAGGGAGGAACGGGGGCGCGUAUCUGGGUGCGCAGAGGAACCUGACGCUUGGCAACCGUAGGGAGUUGGUGAUUUACCCAAAACUGAAGUUGAAGAUAAUGAUUAGAGAUAAACUCAUCAGAGACGGAAUCAACCUGGCCAGGCCUCCAUACUCAAACAAGGAUGGUUCUCUGGGGAACAUUGAUGACCUGGCCCAGGAGUACUCAGAUUACUACAACACCUGCUUCAGUGACGUCAGCGACCGCAUGGAGGAGCUGCGCAAGAGACGCGUGUCCCAGGACCUCGACAUGGAGAAAGUUGACACAAGCUCCACCUCUCUCCAACUUCGCUCAGAGAUCCAGGAGUCCCUUGGCUUCAGCAGUGAGGUGUCCACCCCGGAAACUGAGAGAAAGAUGUCUUUGCACAAGUCCAGCUCUGAAGAUGGCUCAGGAGGUAAAUGGGACAGUAAAAAGAAGAACAAAUCCUUCUGGCAGAAUUUCCGCAAGACGUCCCAGAAAGGAGUGGGUCGUCAGACGGCAAAAGGAGAGGAUAUAGGAUAUGUAGCCAGUGAGAUCACCAUGAGCGACGAAGAGCGGAUCCAGCUGAUGAUGAUGGUCAAGGAGAAGAUGAUUACCGUGGAAGAGGCUUUAGCUCGGCUGAAGGAGUAUGAGCGCCACAGCAGACAGUCCGGCAGUGCUGACACUGCAGAGUGGACUAAUGGAUCCAGUCCUAAUCUAAACCAGUCCUCAAACUGCGAUUCUCGGGAGCAGUCUGACGACGAGCAGUCGGAGGACUCCGUGAAGUUCAAACGGCUCCACAAGCUGGUCAACUCCACCCGGCGCGUCAGGAAGAAACUCAUCAAGGUGGAGGAGGGCAAGAGGCACGGCUCUGAAGAUUCACUGAGCCUGGACGCGUCUCCUACCUGCGAGGACAACAGCGCCUUGUACACGGGAGUGCUGAAAAAGUCCAGCCUGGCCCAGGAUGCCUCUCUUUCUUCCCUGACCCAGGACCAGCUCUCACAGGAUGGGGACACAGACAGCCUGACCACAUCACCUUCCUCCAGCAGCCUGGACACCACCUGGUCAGGACACAAGCUAGUUAAGACCUUCUCUAAGUCCAGCAGCGCACACGGGCUCAUCCGGCCCCCAAGGAGAGCGACUGCAGGGCCUGCAGGUCUGGGUGCUGUCGGGGCUGGGGGAAGCGGCUCCUCCUUCUCCGAGCUGGACGGCUGCGGAGCCGAGGACGAAGGGAAGGUGUCUCGUUCCAUGACAGAGGGCGAGAUGCGGAAAGCCCUGACCAAUCUCUCCCACGGGGUAAGUAAUGAAACACUCUACGGCUUCUACGGCCUGACCCGGCCCCGCCCCAAACCCCAGCCCCGCCUCCUCGUCACCCUCGACGACAUCUCCGCGAGUAAUCCCAAACCCGCCCGCCACCAUGCCAACUGGCUCAGGAAGCCCGACCCCAAUUACGCCUACUCCACCAAGCAUCUGCUCUACCAGCGCUCCCGGAACUACACAAAGCCGCCCGGGGCGCCCUCCUCCUGUUCCUCCCCCUCGCCCCCUGCCCGCUGCGACUUGCCCAAGGCGAAGGCCGGUACACUGGGCGGAGGGGGGUGUGGGGGCUGGGCGUUCCCCCCUCGCAGGCUGCGUGGCCGGACGGCGGUCAGCGAGCUGAACAUCACGUACGUGGUCGAGCGCAGCCUUUACGGCCACCUGAACUGGGCCCAGCUGGUCCGACCGGUCACCCUCAGCCGCGCAGAGCGCCGCUGCUUAUUGGAGGAGGACAGGGAGGCGGACAGGAAGUGGGCGGCCAGCGUGGACCGCUGCACCAAGCGCGUGCUCUUACGCAUCCAGCAGAAGUCUAGGACGUGUAGUUUCGGAGGGUUUGACCUGUCCAACCGGUCGCUCCAUGUGGUCAGUACCGGCUCAGAACCCAGCAGUAAGGAUCCAGAAGCGAUUUAUCGGGAGGUGGUCAAGUCUCCCACAACGUCACGGAUCUCCCUGGGGAAGAAGGUCAAAUCUGUCAAAGAGACCAUGAGGAAACGCAUGUCCAAGAAGUACAGCAGCUCACUAUCUGAACAGUCGAGCCCAGACGGUGCGCCCAGCUCCCCCCAGUCGCCACAGCCGGACACAGACUCUCUGGAGAAGCCUAAGCUGAAGGCUGGAGGAUCAGUAGAGAGUCUCCGGAGCUCCCUGAGUGGACAAAGCUCCAUGAGUGGUCAGACGGUCAGUACCACAGACUCCUCAGCCAGCAACAGAGAAAGUGUGAAGUCUGAGGAUGGAGAUGACGAAGAGCCCCCCUACAAGGGGCCUUUCUGUGGCCGGGCACGUGUACACACUGACUUCACCCCUAGCCCGUAUGAUUCAGACUCCCUCAAACUAAAGAGAGGAGAUGUGAUUGAUAUCAUCAGUAAGCCCCCGAUGGGGACCUGGAUGGGCCUGCUCAACAACAAGGUGGGCACCUUCAAGUUCAUCUAUGUGGACGUGCUGAGCGAUGAAGAGGAGAAGCCCAAGAGGCCUGUCCGGAGGAGGAGAAAGGGAAGACCUCCCAAACCCAGCUCUGUGGAGGAGCUGCUGGAACGCAUCAACCUCAAGGAGCACAUGCCAACCUUCCUGUUUAAUGGCUAUGAGGAUCUGGAUACAUUUAAGCUGCUGGAGGAAGAGGAUCUGGAUGAGCUCAACAUCAAAGACCCUCAACACAGGGCUGUGCUGCUCACUGCUGUGGAGCUAUUGCAGGAGUAUGAUAGCAGUAGUGACCCGGAGCGUAGCGGCCUGUCAGGCUCCCAGGAGAAGCUGCUGUCAGAAGGCCAAAAUGUGGUGGGCGACUCACCACGUGACUCUGGGUGCUACGAGAGCAAUGAGAACCUGGAGAAUGGCAAGAGCAGGAAGAUGCCUCGCUCCAACCGUUCCUCCGCAGGCCUUCAGUCCCCAGACUACCCCACCCUGCCCUUGACCCAGUCCAACGAGGCCUUGCAGCAGAGCAAAAGGGAGCGAACGGCGAAAUUUACCAAGCAUUUCUUCCUCAAGCCCACUCUGAGAGGCUUUAGCAUGCUGGGCCUUAGGAAGGGCCCACGCCGGGUCCCCAUGCCGGCCAGCCGCAGUUGUGAGGACCUGGAUGGUCCUCCGGAGGCCGCUGGCUCCCAGGCCUGGAAGAGAUCUCACUCCCUGGGAGACCUCCACUCGGAACAGGCCUUUGAAAAGAAGGGCAACAGCCUGAAGCUCAGUCCUGCAGAAGGAGGCUCCAAGUCGGAUAACCCAGGGAAGGGCCUCCAGGCUCAUAGAGGUUCUCUACCAUCUCAGAAUGGAGGUAGUGCUUUAAGCCCUAAAGGGCAUUCUCAGCAUCCACCUGUGCCCUCACAACUUCCACUCAGACCCCCGUGUCCCACUGCCGUGCUCCCCCGACCCCAGGAGAGUCUCCCUAGCCCUCCUGAACCCCAGCUGGGGGAGAGGAGCAUCCGGACUCACCCCAAAAAGCCCCCGGUGCCCCCUCCCGUUCCAGUCAAGAAGUCCAAGGAGCGCCUGGCCAAUGGGAUGCCCCGCCAGUCUCUAGUCCUCUCCUCCCCCUCUCACUCCUACACCCUCUCCCAUUCUUACUCCCCCACUCCUCCAACGAGCCCUAGUCUUGGUGCUCCAGCCCUCCCUAGCAAGUCCUCCAGUACGCCUGGCUCCCCCUCACCAGCCAGCUCCAGCUCUACCAUCACUGCCUCUCCAGAGGCGGAAGAACCAGGCACCCCACCAGCAGUGCCCCCUCCCUGGCUGUCUGACCUGCCGGAGUCGGCCUGUCCUCAGGCUCAGAUCCAGGGAGGCGGAAGCAAGACGGCGGUGACCAGGAAGGUGUCUCACACCAAGAUGGCUGUCGAUCUCCACAGCAUCCUAGAGCAGAGGCUGGAGGCCGAAGGCAUUGACCUCACAGAGGAGCCUUACUCAGACAAGCAUGGUCGGUGCGGUGUCCCGCAGGCCCUGGUGCAGAGAUACUGUGAGGACCUGGAGCAGGCGGUGACCGAUGUGGCUUCGGCUUUGGACCAGGUCCGUGUCAAGCUGCUACGCAAGCAACACCGCAUGGCUAUCCCAUUCGGAGGUUUGACCGAAAUGUGUCGGAAGCCUCUUUCCCCGGGUCACGUGAGCACUGUCUCCGAUUGGCUGGUCUCCAUCGGCCUACCCAUGUAUGCCACGCCACUGGUGGCAGCAGGGUUUGGGACGUUGGGCUGCAUGUCCUCUCUGACGGAGAGCGCCGUGUGGGAGGCCGGGGUGAGGGACGAGAGGCACGCCCGCAGACUGGUCAGCGAGGCCCGUUUUGUCAGCGACCACAGAGACGCACAGUCAUAACUGUGAUUGUGCAACCAACCCAGGUGAAACUGGGACAGAUAAGACACGGCUGUCUGCUCAGAAUACAAACUGCACAUUUUAGAUUAAAGCACAGAAGCAAAUAAAAUGCAGGACUGAAUAACUGUGGAGUUGAGCACAGAACAACUUUCAGAACCAUUUAAGACUUUUUGAUGGACUUAAAAUACAGGCAAACCGGCACAUACUUGAGACUUAUGAACAGCACAGUUGUUGUUAUUUGCCUGUGUUUUUAUACAUUUUACGCUUUUUAUUAGUCUCUUUCAGAUGUUUACCGUGACAUUGGUCUGACUGCCCAGAACAUUUAUCAGACGCCUUUAAAACUGUUGACUCUACUCUUUAGUGUUUCCAAUUCUGAAUCCUCCUCCCCCAGUCUUAAAAACACAAGACUGAUAAAAAUGGCCUUUAAGGAAAACAGCACACACUGUUUUAAGUAGGACUUUUUUAUAUAAAGGUAUAAAAGACUGUUUAUUGAUGUUUGUCCCUGUUUCAGAAGUGCUUGAUUUGUAUCACUUGUGUGAGAUGAAAGCACUGCACAGUACCUUGUAGCUUGGCCAAAGCAUUUUUACCCCAGUGUACUGAUUUCACCAUUGUAGUUAAUCCGAUGCUUAAUGCUGCAGCAGAAUGGAAAAUGGGGUUUCUUGCUGAUUAAUCAACUAAAAAAACGACACGACAAAACAUCCUGGGCAAACAAUGUUGUUGUGUUGGGUUUUAAAACCUAAUUUUCUAUCAUACUUUUUGUAAUAUGCCAUAUCAUAUAUUCUAAUUUCAAGGUGUUAUUACAAUGUAAGUCCAAUAUGUACCCGUUUGUCCGCUUUGUGAAAUGUCAAGGUUUGAAAUGUCUUCAGGCCAUGUCUGUCAUUGGUAGUAGGCACAGACAGACGGAUGUUGACAUGAGGUUCAUAUGUCGGAGGAUGUUGCAGAUGUACAAACAUGUAAUCCUUCCAUAUGUCACCCCUCACAACAAGGCUCUCUACAAAACACUGCUCUAACAGCUUUUCGUGGCAGAUCAGCUUUUCUUUGCAGACAAUAUUGUCUACUUUAUAUCUAUCCGAGCUGAAUGCCUUACUGUGAUGUAAAAGAAAACAUUUAGAUAACGUCUAUUUGUGUACUCCGCAGCAUUUCAAAUGGGCCAUUAAACCCCAUCUGCGUUCCCCCUAGACUAAGGCUUGAUUGUGACCGCAGUCAUCUCAGGCCUCUAUGUUCAGAAUGUGCAACAGUUUGUGAUGACUGUGAUUGUUAGUGAUGUGCACACACAUGCACCAUUAGUUGCCUGCAGAUGUGUGGGAUCAAAGUGAUCACAAUGUACACACACAAGUGCACAUUCUCUAGGAGUCACAUAGCUCUGCAUGUCAUUUCCCUGCUGUCAAGCCCCAGGGAAAUCGGACUUAAGCCGAGCGUCCCAUGACCAAAAGGCUGACGCAGCCAUGCCAUGGUAAUACAGACGCUGCCGUCAGUCUGAGCCCUAGUACAUGACACGACCCAAAGGGAGGCAGCAGAGAGGAGGACUCCAGCUGUCCGAGAGAUCCAGCUAAUGUAUGUCUUAUCGUGUCUGACCGGGGCUGUCUUGAAGGAAGAAGGGGAGUGUCUCAAACAGAGAGGACUGAUGAGAAUGGUCACUUCAGUAGUGAUGUACUGAUCACCCAUUCCCUGAGCAACAAAUAAGACCUGCCAGUACUUAGCGGUGGAUUCCCAGUCCAUCCUCAUUCUGAGUGGAUCCCCCACCGCUGCUCAAUGUCAGUAGUUGUGUAAGUACUUAUUAUUGGAAACAGUAUGCACGUUAUCCUUAGCUGUCAGUUUUCAAAACGAAAGUUUAAAAGUGCUGAGACACAGGCAAAGCUUUUCCAGUGGACACUCGGUUGAUGUUUGAUGCAUUUUCUCUUCAGUCCAAGUUUGUGACACAAGGCACAAGUAGCAGGAGAAAAUCAAAAAAAAACUAACAAUGAAGAUGUAUUUUGUAAAGGAAAAGAAUAUACUGUUACUGUAAAAUGCACUUUAGAAAGUAAAAUAAAUUUUUAAGACAAAAUUGGCAAAAUGUCUUUAAGUCUGUGUGCGGACAUUCGUUUUCAGGUAAUGUAAAGGGUUUAAAUGGGUUAUACCGGUAUAUAGUUAGGUUUGUAUUGAGUUAUCAAUGCCAAGUCAAUGUACAAAUGUAAUUAUUCAUUCAUUUAACCUGUUCCAAUGUUUUAACUUCCAAUUUUAUUUUGCAGUCUUUGAAAAACAAAGUAAUUACAUAUAUAAAAUGAUUAACAAGAGUUGCACAUUCUGUAUAUGUAAUUGGUAUUUAAAUAACUUAUUUUUUGGGGGCUUUUCAUAUCAAUUGUAAUUAUUAACUGUACUAUACAAAUAGCAAUACCUUCCUGCAUAUUGCUUUAGCUAGUGAAAAGCUACAGUGUGUAUUGUAAAAUAAGUGUACAAAUGAUUUUAUUUGGUUUCAACUUGCUAAUGAUUGUCUAUAAAGAUUUGCUUGAGUAUUGAAACAUCUAUAGCUAUUUGUCAUUCUGAUAUAUAAUAAAACCUUUUUCUUGCCA